UGGCCGCGGCCUUUACGGCAAACGACGUGGCGACUUUCGACGGGAGCGCGUGUUGCCGGAGGAGAACGGGAAAGUCGAAAGCGAAGCGCAACGAAUCGUGCGGAUUCACGUCAUUUCGGGCGCUUCUCACCAAGCUGCGGCUGUUCCGCGCAGUUUCUUUUCCGUCGAGCCGUUGCGGAUACGGAAAUACAUUCCACCCGAGCGUUGGCAGAGCGACGAUGGCCAAGCUGAGCUUCAAGGUGUACCUGGUGAACAAGGGGCCGUGGACCUGCACGGAAGUGCGCAGAUUCGGCGUCGACGCCGACGUCGCGACGAACAUCGUCUACCUGCGCGAGAAGCUGCAGACCAUCUUCCCGGAUCUGCGGGGCAGGAGCUUCGCCGUCACCUGGAGAGAUAACGAACAUGAGACCGUCACCAUAUCCACCAACGAAGAAUUGGAAAUCGCGUUCCAAGAGAUGGCCAAUUCUGACCUCUACAAGUUGUACGUCAUGCUGGGGUCAUGCUCAGGGCAUAAGGAGACACAUAGGCCGGAGAAAGAAAAAGAGAAACUACAUCAUCCCGGCGUGAUAUGCGACGUAUGCGACAAAAACAUAUGUGGCUAUCGCUUCAAGUGCAUGCACUGUCCGGAUUACGACUUGUGCACAGACUGCAUGAACUACGGCCAUCAUUCGGAGCAUUACAUGGUCCGUAUGGCGCAGCCGACCGAUUGGUCAAGUUACCAGGGUCGCCGGCUUGCUCACCACAUGCGCAAGUUCAUGAAGAAGGCUGCUCACUGCAAGGAGGAUGAGGGGCGUAGGUGUCCGGUCAGGAACAAGCGAAGUGGCUGCCCGCUGUUCAACGUAGAUGGUAAAUUUGGCCAUUUUGAUCCGCCUCUUGUAAAUACACUGGAGAACUUCAUAGUAGACUAUUGUGGUGCUUCGUCAGACGAAGGUCACGAGGAAAAGCAGACCAAGGAACCGUCCGCCGAGGCUGCGACCGAGGCGACGGAGGACCCGCAGCAGGAAGCGACCAGGCGUUCUUUCUCGCAGCUAAUGAAGAUCGUCGAGGACAACAUCUCCAAUAUCUCGCAGUUCCUGGAUCCGCUCGGCAUCAACGUCACCGUGCUCGCCGACAACGAACCCGCCAAGAACAAGCCCGCGGACAGCGCUCAGACUAAGACCAACGCGCAAAGUUCCGAGGACCGUGCGUCUACAUCUGGGGAGAGCUCCGUCAAGAAGUUCCCCGGCGAAGGGAAGAAACUGCGCGACGAUGCUGUACAAAAGGAUUCAGCAGCAACGGCAGCAGCGAUAGCAGCAACGGCAACAGCCACGGUAGCAGCGGCAACAGCACCAACUUCUACCGAGCAAGCUGCCGAAGCCGAGGAAUGGACGAUGAUCCAUCGCGAAAGCCCAAAUAUUAGCCGCGCCUCGUCCAUUUCCUCCUCUCAGACAAAUGGAAGCACGGUGCCGAAACAGGUCGCACCGUCAGCACCCGUGGCAGAGCCAGAAAAAACGCCGCCAAACCAGAGAAUCUACCCACCCCUACCUGAAGAAGUAAAACGCGAGAUAUUUCAUCCAGAUCCCAAGAUCCAACGCGCCGUAGAAUCGAUGAUGGCGAUGGGAUUCUCCAACGAGGGCUCGUGGCUCACCCAUCUGAUGGUUGCGCAAAAUGGUGACAUCGACAAGGCGCUGGAUGUAAUACAUCCGGUACGCCGUCACUAAGGGGGAUGGGGCCAAACAGUAGUAAACGAUAGCUGACGUAAUCAAUGGCAAAAAUAAUAGUUGAUGUAUAAUCCAUUGGAUAGUUGGUGUGGUAGUUCAUAAUUUGUUCUGUCUUUUUUUUAGGUUACUCUUUUUAUGAUUAACGUUACACAUGUCCUUUGAUUCCGUUUUUCCAAAUAUGAGAAUACUAAAAAUUAAUUUUGAAUUUAUUCUUAAUCUGUUAACCGGGCAAUUAACUCGUCAUUGGAAAAUACUUCUGUAACGCGCAAGUGAACUCAUUGCGACACUUUAGUAAAUACGAAUGAUUACACUCGUAUACUAAAAGUCUAUAUAUUAUUUUCUUGUGGUAUGUCAUGUAUUUUUUAUAGCGCCACAAGAUACGUUAGUACAUCUUCCAAUUCAGUAAAGCAUUUCGUAUUUACUGUGGGCAAGACGAGUUAACACAUUAAUAGAUUAUAUUAAUAUUUCUUUACAAGUGUAUGUACUAUAUUGCUAAACUUAUAUUCCACGUACGCACACACUUGAAUACAAGAUUGUUUUAAAAAUAUGAUAUUGUUUACGUAAUAUAAGUUAUAUCUAUACGCUUAGCAUUUUUAUUUUAAUAUGUUCAAUGUAAAGAACGCUAAAAUAUUGUUUAGUGGCUGGAUUAUUAUGUAUUAUAUUUGCUUAAUAAAGUAAUACUGGUACUGAAA